CUGGAUUGCGCGCGCGUGUGUGUGUGAGCAGAGGAGAGCGAAAACAAUCGACCAAUGGAAAACAUAAACAUAUAAUUUUAAAAAUAUUUGGUAUCAGAACUAGAUGACCGGCCCAACAUGUCACUGCCGCGGAUCACGGACUUUGAAAUUCUCGAGAAACUUGGAGCGGGCAGCUAUGCGACCGUGUACAAAGCGCGGCACAAAAAACAGCGCACUUAUCAUGCCAUCAAGUAUGUGGAAAUGUCGACGUUGUCGCAAACCUCGCGGGAAAACCUAAUCACCGAAAUACGCCUCCUCCGGGAACUCAAGCACAAGUACAUUGUGACCCUGCAGGAUUUCUUCUGGGACGACAAAAAUAUUUACAUCGUUUUGGAGUAUUGCAAUGCCGGCAAUCUAUCCGCUUUUAUACGAACCAAGAAGGCAUUGCCGGAGAGCACCUGUCGCUACUUUUUGCGCCAAUUAGCUGCCGCUGUGCAGUACAUGCGAGCCAACGAUGUGUCCCACUUCGACCUUAAGCCACAGAACCUGCUGCUUACCCGGGGAGCUAACAAUGUGUCCCUGAAGGUGGCAGACUUUGGGUUUGCUCAGCACCUCAAACUAGGCGAAAUCAAUCAACAGCUGAAGGGAUCGCCGCUCUACAUGGCCCCAGAGAUUGUGCGCAAGCAUCAGUACGAUGCCAAGGCGGAUCUCUGGAGCAUCGGGGUCAUCCUCUACGAAUGCCUAUUCGGCAAGGCGCCGUAUAGUUCGCGAACCAUUGAGGAGCUAUUGCUGAGGAUUAGGAAGGCCGAGGCCAUAACACUGCCACCAAACGCUCGGAUCAGCAACGAGUGCCAUGAUCUCUUGCGCCGCCUUUUGGCCCACGAGCCCACGGCGCGCAUUUCGUUUGCAGACUUCUUUGCGCAUCCCUUUCUCGAUCUCAAGACGUUUCCCACGGAGCACACUCUGCAAAAGGCCAUUGAUUUGGUCACGCAAGCAUGCGCAUACGAUGAGAAACACAAUUACAAGGAGGCUUACUAUCUGUACUGCAGUGCCCUGCAGUAUUUUGUGCCGCUUAUCACGGAGGAGACGGACGCCACCAAGCGGCUGGCAUUGCGCAAUCGUGCCUUGUCCUACACAAAGCGCGCCGAGGAAAUCAAGAAUUGCAUAAUCGAGGACGAAUACAGAAUGUUGGCUGAACGUCAACGGCAGGCGGCUACAGCUGCCACAGCUAACCAAGAGCCAUCUUCAGCUACCCAGGUGCCCGCUGCGCAGCCAAGCAGCUCGCGUGUUGCAGAAAUGCUGGAACCGGAUUCCCGCUAUAAACAGCUAUAUGCCCUUUCGAACUCAAGUCCGUCCAUGAAGACUGGCCUGGAAAUCGGACGGAAGGGUGAGCUAUACCUCUACGAGCGGAAGCUGGACGCAGCACUGGAGUCGUAUACUUCAGCUUUGGGCAUUCUGGUGCCGUUUGUAAACAAUGAACCAAAGGGCGAACGCCGUAAUCUGUUGCUGCAGCAGGUUAGCAAAAUGUGCAUUUAAUGCUAAUAAAUUCACCAAUAAGAAACAAUAUUUAAGCUGGAAUUCUGGAUGAAGGAGGCGGAGAGCAUCAAGAGCAUUUUAAGCGCCAAGCACUUGGACGAUGAGGAGCAGAAGUUGUCCACGGUACGCAGCUGCAGCAUACAAUAGACAAAAAAAAAUUGAAUUGAAUUCGGCGCCUGGUGCGCAUUUGUUAGAGUAUUUUUGUAGGUCGAUGUGCAAGGAGCAUCGCUUAGUACAAUAGACUUCUAUGAUCUUAUAUACAAUAUACAGAUAUACAAAUGUCUCUACUAGAUUCGCUUUCUAUGUACAGCAGUAUCAUUACCGCUAUUUGUAACGCUCCCCAAGAACCCUAUGUCUAUAUAUAUUGCUAUUCCUAUUCGUAAUUGUUAUGUAAGUCCUAACACCGAUGGCCUUUUACUUGUAUACUAACCCACCCACUUGUUUGCAGCUAAAAUCCGUUGUUAAGUUUUAAAUUCUUUGAUUUUCUAUUUUAAGCGCACUUCAUUGAGAACCAUCACAUUCCAGGGCUGGUCGAAACCGCCGCUCAUUUUUUUCAUUCUGUUCAUUGUGCUUAAUUUGAUUAAAAUUGUUUAAAUAU